AACCCAAAAGAUUCCGAAACCUCCAUUUCUUUCUCCUCACAGAUUUCUUAGUCCACAGGCGGAAAACUCCACACCUGUAAAAUCAUCUCAGAUCCCCAAAUUCCUUCCUUACCAGGUACUCUUCUAGAAGUUGGUGAUGGGUAGCGGCGGAGCAGUAGAGGUGACAUAAUUUUGUACAAGUUUUUGAACCAGAAGAAAUGAAGAUGAUGGGAGGCUUAGAUUUAUGUUUCUUCAUUGGUUAUUGAGUGUUGCUAUUCUGGGGUCUGUUUGUAAUAUUCAGGACGAAUGUUGAGUUACGAUAUUUGGAUUCUUGAUUGGUGGUAAGAGGGUGCGGGUUUGAGGGGGAAGGAAGCUGAAAGAGGGAGGUGGAGCUUGGUUUUUUUCUCCUUUCCCUUUUUGGUGCUUCCAGAGCUCCUCACCGUUUUGUGAAGGCAAAGAAAAAGGGGUUUCCUUAUUUUCACUGUAAUAUCGAGACUUAAAUUUACCAAUUUCAACCACUUGUUCAUCACCAAUGGCUGCUGCUGGGACUUCUUCCGAGCGAUGGAUUGAUAGUCUUCAGCUCUCUUCAUUGUUCUGGCCUCCUCCACAAGAUAUCCACCAGAGAAAGGCACAAGUUACUGCUUAUGUCAAGUAUUUUGGACAAUUCACCUCUGAGCAAUUUCCGGAUGAUAUAGCUGAGUUGAUCCGCAGUCGUUAUCCAUCAGCAGAUAAACGCCUUUUUGAUGAAGUUCUGGCUACAUUUGUCCUACAUCAUCCAGAGCAUGGCCAUGCAGUGGUGCUUCCAAUUAUCUCGUGUUUGAUCGAUGGUACUCUGGUUUAUGACAAAAGCAAUCCUCCAUUUGCUUCUUUCAUAUCUCUAGUCUGCCCGAGGAGUGAGAAUGAAUACUCUGAACAGUGGGCUCUAGCAUGUGGGGAGAUCUUACGGAUUUUAACUCAUUAUAACCGCCCAAUAUACAAGAAGCAGAGUACUGAAUCAGAUAGAAGCAGUAGUGGUAGUCAUGCAACUACAAGUCAGUCAACAGAUGGAGAAUCCUGCAGUUCACCGCCGUUACAGCAGGAAAGGAGGCCUUUAAGACCAUUGUCUCCCUGGAUUACUGAUAUAUUACUUGCGGCACCUCUUGGUAUCAGAAGUGACUACUUCCGCUGGUGCAGUGGUGUUAUGGGUAAAUAUGCAGCUGGAGAGCUCAAGCCACCAAUAACUGCUUCUUCUCAUGGAUCCGGGAAGCAUCCUCAGCUGAUGCCAUCAACUCCAAGAUGGGCUGUUGCAAAUGGUGCUGGUGUCAUACUAAGUGUGUGUGAUGAGGAAGUUGCUCGCUAUGAGACUGCAACCUUAACUGCAGUUGCUGUCCCUGCUCUCUUACUCCCUCCUCCGACUACAGCUUUGGAUGAGCAUUUGGUUGCCGGGCUGCCAGCUCUGGAGCCUUACGCACGUUUGUUUCACAGGUGAAUCUACUGAUCACGUUGUUAAUUUAAUUUCGGGAAUUUUACAUGCUCCUGCACUUUCUCAUUAUUGCAUUACUAUUGUCUAGAUAUUAUGCCAUUGCGACCCCUAGUGCAACACAAAGACUGCUUCUUGGACUCUUAGAAGCACCUCCAUCAUGGGCUCCAGAUGCACUCGAUGCUGCAGUACAGCUUGUGGAACUCCUCCGAGCGGCAGAAGAUUAUGCAAAUGGCAUUCGACUUCCCAGGAACUGGAUGCAUUUGCAUUUCUUGCGUGCAAUAGGGACUGCAAUGUCGAUGGGACCCGGAAUUGCUGCCGAUGCUGCUGCUGCUCUACUCUUCCGUAUAUUAUCGCAGCCUGCAUUGCUCUUCCCUCCUCUGAGACAAGUUGACGGAGUCAAAGUUCAGCAUGAACCUUUAGGUGAAUACAUCUCAAGCUACAGAAGACAGAUAGAAGUGCCAGCAGCCGAAGCAACCAUCGAAGCUACUGCCCAGGGAAUCGCGUCCAUGCUAUGUGCACAUGGUCCUGAAGUAGAGUGGAGAAUCUGCACCAUAUGGGAAGCUGCCUACGGCCUAAUUCCUCUUGGUUCAUCGGUCGUUGAUCUCCCCGAAAUCAUCGUUGCAGCUCCACUGCAACCUCCAACACUUUCAUGGAACCUCUACAUUCCUCUACUGAAAGUCCUUGAGUACCUCCCCCGCGGAAGCCCCUCGGAAGCAUGUCUAAUGAAGAUAUUUGUCGCUACCGUUGAAGCUAUCCUCCGCCGGACAUUCCCACCGGAAUCUUCUUCCUCUGCCACCGAACAAGCAAGUAAAACAAUGAGCUAUUAUCAUCAGUCUGCUUCCAAGAACCUUGCUGUAGCAGAACUCCGCACUAUGGUGCACUCGCUCUUCCUCGAAUCCUGUGCUGCACCAGAGCUGGCUUCCCGCUUGCUCUUCGUAGUGCUGACUGUCUGUGUCAGCUACGAAGCUCAGACCUCAAAUGGCGGCAACAAGAGACAAAGAGGCGGCGAUUUGAGGUCUAGGAAGACAAGGAAGCAAGGGCCUGUUGCUGCCUUUGAUUCGUAUGUUCUCGCCGCCGUUUGUGCCCUAGCUUGUGAGCUCCAGCUGUUCCCUUUCAUUUCUCCUCAUGGUGGGAUGAACAACAACAGCAAUUCACAGUGCGGAGAAGCCAAAUUGCCUGCAAAGAUGAGUAAUGGAUCAUCUUCAGCGAUUGGUGAUAUGAGGAGCAGCAUUGAUUCUGCAAUCAAUCAUACUCGGCGAUUGCUGGCAAUUCUGGAAGCUCUGUUCUCAUUGAAGCCGUCGUCCGUUGGGACAUCGUGGGGUUACAGCUCAAACGAGAUUGUUGCGGCAGCUAUGGUCGCUGCUCAUGUAUCGGAGCUAUUUCGGAGGUCGAAAGCUUGUAUGCAUGCUCUCGCUGUCUUCAUUCGCUGCAAAUGGGAUGAAGAGAUAUACAGCAGGGCUUCAUCGCUGUACAGCCUCAUCGACAUCCAUAGUAAAGCGGUGGCUUCCAUAGUAAACAAGGCAGAACCCUUGGAAGCGAGUUUUUCAGUGCCUGUCUGGAACAAGUCCCUUCUGGCUUUUGAAGGUAAGAAGAAGAAUCGAAACGGAAGCAUUGGUGGUGGGUUUGAAACAGGUCAAUCAUCUGGUCAGCAACCUGGGGAAUCUUCAUAUCUAGAAGCGAAGGUGAAAUCAGGGAAGGGGAUUGAAGGGUUCUCGUUGGAUGCUUCGGAUUUGGCGAAUUUCUUGACAAAAGAUAGGCACCUUGGAUUCAGUUGCAGCGCGCAAGUUCUGCUGAGAUCGGUUCUUGCUGAGAAACAAGAACUGUGCUUCUCAGUUGUCUCUCUGCUUUGGCACAAGUUGAUAGCAGCGCCCGAAACUCAGCCUAGUGCUGAAAGCACUUCUGCCCAGCAAGGAUGGAGACAGGUCGUUGAUGCGAUGUGCAAUGUGGUGUCAGCUUCACCAGCGAAAGCAGCUACAGCAGUUGUUCUUCAGGCGGAUAGGGAAUUGCAACCUUGGAUUGCCAAAGAUGACGAGAACAGUCAAAAGAUAUGGCGAGUCAAUCAGCGGAUAGUCAAGCUAAUUGGUGAGCUCAUGCGAAAUCACGACACCCCUGAAUCAUUGGUGAUCUUAGCGAGUGCGUCAGAUCUGCUUCUACGCGCCACAGAUGGGAUGCUCGUCGAUGGGGAAGCUUGCACUUUGCCUCAAUUAGAGCUACUGGAAGCAACAGCGAGAGCAGUUCGGCCAGUGGUGACUUGGGGAGAAACGGGAUGUGCUGUUGCGGAUGGUCUCUCGAAUCUCCUCAAGUGUCGUCUACCAGCAACAGUCCGAUGCCUAUCUCACCCCAGCGCUCACGUCCGAGCUCUGAGCAUGUCGGUACUCCGGGACAUCCUGCACAACACGUCGAUAAAAACGUUCCAUAAGCACGCCGAGAAGAAUGGCGCCAACGGAACUCGUUCCUCGUACCAGUACUUCAAUGUCGACGUCAUCGACUGGCAAGCAGACAUCGACAAGUGUUUGGCAUGGGAAGCUCACAGCCAACUGGCGAGAGGGAUGCCUAUCGAGUUUCUCGAUGCUGCAGCAAAGGAACUAGGUUGCACCAUCUCUAUCUGACAUGAUCAUCAUCACUUACAGGCCACAGAUCAAAGCUACACACAGAUUUUUCGUUCUCAGUAUAUAGUCAGGGAGCUGACGGCGGAAGGGAGUAGAGCUGCUGAAUAGGGGUCAAUCAAUCAUGAUCAAAGAAUGGGGUGUAGUGUAAUACUUCUUCAUGUUGUUGUUUGGUUUCUGUUCCCAGCUGCUGCUCUGUUUCCAAGUCCAUAUUGUUGUAUCUUAUUCGUGCUUUUUUCGGGGAUUCGACGACAAUGAUGGGUUUUAGAACAAAGAAAGAACUGAGAAAUUGAGUUAUGUUGAUAUACAUUGGAGUUUCUCUUUGUGUAUUCAAAAGAUGAAAUUGAUGUAAUGUUGAUAUAUUAGAGUUCGUAUAUUGGGAACUAUAUAUGACAUAGAGAGCAGCUCCGCUAAUUAAGG